AUGGCUUCCCGCGCGUCUUUUCAGAUGGCCGUUUCAACUUUUCCGUUUGCGAGCCGCAGAGGUAUCCAAGCACUAAAAAGUGAAGCUCCCUGGCCCUUGUCGGCGUCCACUUGCGCCAUGUUGGACCGAUCAACAGAGGCUAAAGAGCGCCGCAACAACAGCCCCCACCCCAUGCCGUCUCGCCGUAUUCAUCCACUCAAUACGAUCAAUACGGGCCAGCUGCCGCGUCAUGAUGGCAGGGACUCGGAAAGUUACCAUGUUGAGAAACGCCAGUCUGGACAGACCAAUCCAGACCGCUGGAACAUGGGCGGAAAAGUUGGAAGAACACACAAGUUGGGAGAAGAAGGAGCGAGGAGGAUCUACUGUGGAAGGGAUCAGGAAGAGUGUCCUAUCAUUAAUUUUACCUAUAUCAGGCAGGAACAACCUGUGAAUAACACCAAAGGCAACUGCGUGAAGAACAGAAGAAGGAACGAAGAGAAAGAUAGCAAAGGUCGUUGA